AUGGUUCAAAUUACUGAAGUUAAUGAGUCCAAGGCGGGCACUGCCAACAGAACUGCUGCCCACACACAUAUCAAGGGUUUAGGUCUUGAUGAUACUGGUGCUGCACGUCAGGUUGAAGGUGGCUUUGUUGGUCAAGUUGAAGCCAGAGAAGCUUGCGGUGUGAUAGUUGAUCUUAUCAAGGCGAAGAAGAUGUCAGGGAGAGCUAUUUUACUGGCCGGUGGGCCAUCUACAGGUAAGACUGCUUUGGCCUUGGCCAUUUCGCAAGAACUAGGCCCAAAGGUUCCUUUCUGUCCUUUGGUAGGUAGUGAACUAUACUCUGUUGAAGUUAAGAAGACUGAAACAUUGAUGGAGAAUUUUAGAAGAGCCAUCGGCCUGAGAAUAAAGGAAACCAAGGAAGUAUACGAGGGUGAAGUUACUGAAUUGACUCCAGAAGAUGCAGAAAAUCCAUUAGGGGGAUACGGAAAGACGAUUUCCCACGUUAUUGUUGGUUUGAAAUCUGCGAAAGGUACAAAAACUCUGAGACUAGACCCAACCAUUUAUGACAGCAUUCAAAAGGAAAAGGUAAGCAUUGGUGAUGUGAUUUACAUUGAAGCCAACACAGGAGCAGUAAAGCGUGUUGGUAGAUCAGACGCUUACGCAACGGAAUUUGAUCUAGAAGCUGAAGAAUACGUUCCAUUACCAAAAGGUGAAGUUCAUAAGAAGAAGGAAAUUGUCCAAGAUGUUACAUUACAUGAUUUAGAUAUUGCUAAUGCCAGACCUCAAGGUGGGCAAGAUGUGAUAUCGAUGAUGGGACAACUCAUGAAACCAAAAAAAACAGAAAUUACAGAAAAACUGAGAUUCGAAGUGAAUAAAGUUGUUGCUAAAUAUGUAGACCAAGGUGUUGCUGAACUAAUACCAGGUGUUCUAUUUAUCGAUGAAGCAAACAUGCUUGAUAUUGAGAUAUUUACUUACUUAAACAAAGCUUUGGAGUCUGACAUAGCUCCAAUUGUGGUUUUAGCCUCUAACAGGGGUAUGACAACAGUACGCGGUACAGAAGAUGUAAUUUCACCACAUGGUAUUCCUGCUGAUCUAAUCGAUAGAUUGUUGAUAGUUCGUACUUUGCCUUACAAUAAAGAUGAAAUUAGACUAAUUAUUGAGAGAAGAUCUGCUGUAGAAAACCUGGCGCUUGAGGAUGGCGCUUUGGACAUUUUAGCUGACAUGGCCACUCAUACUUCUCUUCGUUAUGCAUUGCAAUUACUAUCCCCAGCUGGUAUUUUAAGUUCAACUGCAGGGCGCCAAAAGAUCACGAUUGAUGACAUAAAUGAGGCAAAGAUGUUAUUUAUAGAUGCUAAGAGAUCCACUAAAAUCUUGGAAAAUUCUGAUAGAUAUAUGUAA